AUGUACAAACCUGGCGUGGCUUUGGAAUUAGUAAGGGAAGUGGAGAAAUAUAGAAUGAAGUGCGUAGCCUUGCAAGAGGUGAGAUGGGAAGGUGUCAUGACAACUAAGAUAUCACAAACUACCAUAUUUAAUGAGAAUGCCGAUAUUGUAUUAAUUAAUGUACUUGCACCCACUGAAGAGAAAGACGAGGAGGAGAAAGAAUAUUUUUAUGCCACACUAGCCAAUGUAUAUGAUUCAUCAGAGGGAAGUUUAAGAAUAGUGCUGGCAGAUUUAAAUGCAAAAUUAGGUCAAGAAGCAGAAUACAGGAAUUAUUAUUACAUAAAUAUUGGAUCCCAGAGCUUACACGCAAUUACUAAUGAUAACAGAACAAAAUUAAUUGACUUCGCGGUAGGAAAAGGGCUAGUAAUAAAAAKUACCAUGUUUCCGAGAAAAGAUAUACAUAAGUACACGUGGAUCUCUCCAGACGGAAGACACAGAAACCAAAUUGACCAUGUGUUAGUCUCAAAUAGGUUUAAAAAUAGCAUAGUAAAUAUAAGAACCCUGCGUGGUGCGGAUAUAGGUUCCAACCAYCUAUUAAUUAUUAGUAUAUGGAUAAAAGUGAAACUCAAGAGAUUAUUUAMACUUUACAAAAGAAAGACAGGGCGAUAUGAUAUAAAUAAACUAGAGGACCAGGUCAUAAGCACAGUUUUUAAAGACAAUAUUAAGAACGAGCUGCAAAAUAAACAGAGGUUAUCCAACGAUGCAGUGGAUAGAGAAUGRGAACAAAUAAAGGAGACGAUAAAUAACGUGGCAAMAAGGACCCUAGGGAAUAAAAAACUGAAAUAUAAGCMAUGGUUCAAUGGGAUCUGUGAGGCAGCAGUACAUAGAAGAAACCUGGCAAGGAAACAAUGGCUAAAUGAUACAAGCAAUGAAAACUUGUUUACAAGCUUGAGMACUCGACAGAGGGAAGCAAGAAAUAUCAUAAGAUGUGAAAAAAGGAAAUACAUACAGAAUAUAAUGAACAGUGCGGAACAAGAUUACAGUACACAUAGGACCAGGGACAUGUACAGUCGGCUAGAAAAAAAGUGGGGUAACUACUUCAGAGAACUGUUGAAUUGUGAAGAACCAGAAGAAACCUUUAUUUUUGAUCUUGCCAAAAGGGAUAUUAUAGAUUGUACAGAACCCACGUUAGAUGAGGUAAAAAAUCGAAUAAAUAAUUUGAAGAACCACAAGUCACCAGGGGAGGAUGAGAUCCAAGCAGAACUCUUAAAAAAAGGAGGAGAAGAAGUCUCAUUUAGAGUUUGGAAACUGAUUUGCCGAAUAUGGUUAAAGAGCGAAGCAGAAGAAACUAUAGAUGACUAUCAGGGAGGAUUUGGACCAGGAAGGUCGACAGUAGAUCAGAUAUUUAUCCUCAGACAACUGUUCCAAAAAACUUGGGAGUUCGACAAAGAGAUACAUGUUCUUUUUAUCAACUUCAAAAAGACAUACGAAAGCGUACGUAGAGCAAGCCUAAUCAAUUGCCUGGAAGAAUUUAAGUUACCACAAAAAUUAAUAAGACUUAUUGGGUUAAAAAUCACAGAAGUAAAAAUUAAGGUAGGAAGUGCAGAAACAGAGCCAAUACUAAUAAAAUCUGGGUUAAGACAAGGAGACUCAAUAUUACCGAUUCUGUUUAACUUGAUUUUAGAGAAAGUAGUAAAAGAAAUGUAUAUUCAACCACAAGAAGGUGUUAAGUUACAAGAACCGAAUAUAACAAUUUUAGCAUAUGCAGAUGAUGUGGUACUAAUGAGCAAAUCACAAGAUAAUUUAAGAUCACUAUUCACUCGUCUGGAGGAAAAGGCAAAAAAAGUAGGGUUACAAGUAAACGAGGAAAAAACCGAAUACAUGGUUGUUGGUAGAAGAGAUAGUGUGGCCGUUUUUCCACAUCUGAAAGUUGGUAGAUAUGAGUUCAGUAGAGUCAAACAGUUUAAGUACCUGGGUUCAAUAUUAACAGAAAAAAAUGAGAUUGACAAAGAAAUAGCAUGA